AUGCGCGGCGGCCGAGCUGAUCCUCGACGUGGGCCACAAGCCCGCGGGGUGGGAAGCGGCCAAACUCGCGCUCCGCAACAGGCGGCGCUGGGGACGCUGAGGACUCUGGUACUGUCCUGUCCGCUGGCCGCCAUCCCCGGGCUGAAGGACCUGCCGCUGGUGGCGAAGUGCGCGUCGCUGCGCUCCCUCAAUCUGACCGUGGAUGAAUGCCCCUACAAUGCUGAGUCCCUGGCCGCGGCGGCCUUCCUGCGCGCCGCCACGCACCUCGAGGAACUCGUGCUCCAGUACCAAAUUAUAGAAGACUGUAAUGUAGACGUAGACGUUCCCGUGGAGCAGGGGCUGCUGCCGGCGCUGGCGUCCUCGGGCCGCGCCUCCCUGCGGAAGCUGGUCCUCAAUUGGGGGGAUUUCCGCAACGACCGCCGGGUGACGGAGCUGGCCUCGGCUCUGCCCGGACUGCCCGCCCUGGAGUGGCUCGUCCUGCCCCACGUUGUGCCCCGGCGCGUCCUGCCCGCCAUCAACCCCGGCAGUGCGCCCCGUCUUCGCGGCCUUAGCUUACCCUCCUGUAUGGUCAAGUGCGCGCACGGCGCCCUGCACGAGCCAGACGUGUGCCGCAUCCUCGCCAGCUACCGCCACUUCUACCUGGUCGUGGGAAUCAUGUGGUGCGGGGAGGAGGGGCGGUGCGAGCACUGCGCAAAGGGCUGCCACGGCUUGCCCUUGCCAAUCGGCAAAGAACUUGUGGGCUUCUACACGCACGAAGCGCCCAGCAAGGAGGCUGUGGAUGGAUUGAGCCUGAAGUCUGUUAGAUUAACUGGUAUUUGGGAUUAAUUUCUGGUUUCUUGGAUCCACACCGAUGAACAAGUAAGACACGAGUCGUGCGCUGGUAGAAUCUUUUAUUACAACAGAUACAUGGAAACGGAAACAGUACAGGAGAACAAUCAUGAAAUAAUUUAGAGGGCGCAGGAACAAAAGAAUAAGUAAUUAAGAAGAAAAACAAAAAUGAAGAAUAACAUAAGAUAAAUCUAUAUCUGACAUUAAAAUCAACUU